GGUAAAUGUGUCCCUCCCCCCCAACUCUACCACUCCUUUCAGGUGUGCAAACUGCUUUAAAACUUGCAUACAAGGGACGAGAGGACAGAAAAGAAGUGAAGGGAGCAGGAAGGUGGACACAGCUACAAAUAAGGCUAAGAGAAUGAGUGAGGUGUAGAUGGGAAAGGAAUUGGCAUAAAAUAAGAGCAAUAAAAGCACAUAGAAAAAAGGAGGUAUUUAUGAAGCUGUAACCACCUAUGACUACAAAUGCCGGCUCCAGCUGUACAAACUGCGGCUCCACCAGGCCCUCCACGCCUGAGGUUGGAUGAGAAGGUCCUUUCUUUUGAAUUCCUUCUUCUGGAUGUCCAGUUUAAUGAGCUUGGUCAGUACCAGCUCGUCCUGCGAGUGGAGAACCCAUUACUCGACGGCUCAGUGGAGAAUGUCCAACUUAGUGUCAACAAUGGUGACCUAGUCCAGAGUAAUCAGGCUGAGUCUGACAUUGUAGAACAAGCGGACCUGACAGAGACGCUCAUCUUCCAAAAGAACACUUACCUCUUCAUUCUCCCACAAGGUCAGUGAGAAAUGUUGGAUAGGCAUUCAUACCAAGUUUUGUAAACUACCCCAUGGUUUUAUAUGGUGACAAAUAUUCUCAUUUCUUCAUAUAAUUGCUUUAUUCUGCACUACUGGGGGUAAAUAGAUGUCUAAUUUCAGUUUAGUACAUUUCUAGUUGGUCUUUUGGGAAUGAAGAAAUACAAUGGUGAAUACGUGUUAAUUUACAGUCCCUAAAAUUAUAUCUUACACUGUCUUAUUCCCAUUCAUUAUCUGCCACCAUGUCUAUGUUUUACUAUUUCAUUUUUGCUGUUUAUUCUGUAACCGCUUUCGUCUUUUCUUUAACCCAGGCCUCUGCAAGAAUGAUAAACACCAUGAUGUUCGGCUGAGCAUUGAUGUCUUAAAGGUUGGAGGUGGCAAGGGAAAAAAAGUAGGACAGGCCCUAUUUGCCAUCUAUCCUCGAACCAACCAACCGCGUAUUAAUUUACGUGCUGCACCUUUUGAACCUCUUUACAACUACCAGGGGAUCUUGGCACUACUUCGCGUUGGAGGGAACUGGAUGGCCAUGCACUGUGGCCGAUUGGCAUACAAUGUCUGCUUUAGAGAAUAUAAGCCACCCAAACCUAAAGAUAAUCUUAAAUCCAUUUCUCCCCGACCACCUAUCAUGAGGACUGGAACUUCACAUCCUGCGACCCCUAGAAAUGACCCCAACCAACCAAGCACCUCUAAAAAAUAUUCACCUAGGUCGGACUCUUUCACAACCCCCAUUGCUCAGUCAAGCACCCCCAGACCAAACCCCAGCAUGGCUGAUACUUCAAAAUCUGACACUCUACCUGCCUACAACAUGUCUGAAGACCUCGUGCUCAACACUGUACAAGAACACAGACAGUCUCCUGAUUCUGUUUCAAGAGAAGAACAGGUAACAUUUGAUUUAUAUAGAUCAAUGAGUUCAGUUAAAACAGCUUUCGCCUAUAAUUCCUAAUAAUUAUUGUAUAUUUUCCAUAUACCUGGAAAGCUCUGAUGCAUAUUAAACAUCCUAUUAAAAUAACUUGCCUGGCUUAAUAUGCAUCCUCAAAAGUUGUCCAUACUAUAUUGGGGGCAGAAGAGAAAAUAAGAUGUGGGCUAGCUCCACCCCCACUGGUCUCUGGAACCUAAUCCGUUUCCUAUACUAGAACAAAUAAUUUGGAAAACUUUCUGAAAGGUAAUAUCUAUUGCUCUAAACCAUUAUCUAGAAUAGUAAUUUUGAAACCAAGCCAACAAGUCACUCCAACCAUCCUGGCUUUCUGCAUUUUCUCAUUAUGUUUCUAAAGAUAUGAAAUAGUUUUGAGUCUUGAGGACCAAGUUAAGAAGAGGUGAUCUAGAAAAUGCAAAAUAAAGGAAGAAACAUGUCUAUGAAGUUCGCUUUUAACCCCUUAAGGACACAUGACAUGUGUGACAUGUCAUGAUUCCCUUUAAUUCCAGAAGUUUGGUCCUUAAGGGGUUAACCUCUUUCUAGUGUUAUCCAAUGGCAUAAAUCUUUUGAAAGUAGAGUUCAUCCAGAUGAAAGUGAGUUUGAUAGAGCCAACACUGUUUCCUGGGACACAAUCUUUCAUACUGAUGAACAACACAUGAAAAGUGCUACCUUGCAGAAAUCAUAUGCUGUAGGAAGCAAAUCCAUAAUUUAGUCAACAAACAUCCCUAAAAAACCUUGCUUUAUUAAGUAACGGUUCUUUCUACUGCAGUUUAUGUGUAAUAAUAAAUUCUACGUAGCAGCACUCUCCAUUAGCACCAUGAAGAAUUGAUGUAUGUCCAGAAAAAUAUGACGAUUAUGGUAAACCUAGUGAAUGGUAAAACUGACAUUUCAAAACUGUAUGUGAACCUUUUAUAAUAGUCAACAGUGGAUUAAAAGAAACAGAAAUAUCUUGCCUAUUAAUCUAUAUUUGGAGCAUCUCUUUUUAAUUAUAAAUGUUUUGUUGAUUGUAUUUAUUCUAACAAACUGAACAUGAAACAGACUGGCUCGUGUUACACUAAUUUGCGUUUGUGAUUCAAUUUGUUUCACGUCUGGACUUUGAGUCGACAGAUUUCCAACAUUUUCCUGGACAUUUUGUCGUGCUGAUGGGUAGCACAUAAAAAGUGCUUCCCUGCAUGUAGCAAUUAUUUGCUGCGGCAUCAAUCCUUGAUUAACUUGUUUUUUAUUCACUAAACUUUAAAUUGUUGUGAUCUAAAAUACGGAUUAAAAAAUCAAGGCAAAAAUAGCUGGUUAGGCAAUAUUCUCCAAUUCAGCUUUAGUGACAGCUUGGCUUGACGGUAAUAAAACACUUGUCAUGAAAGAAAAUAGAAAGAAUCCCUUUGUUGCCAUGUGUCGCAUUUGUCGCCAUGUUUCUUUCUCAAAUGUUAACUACAGAAAAGCCUACAUCCUAAUGGCACAUUCCAAAUAUUGACUUUAAAUGGCCGCACAGUAGUUAAACUCCCAUUAAAACUGUUCUGUUUAUAACAGGCCUAUGCAGCUAUCAACUGCAACUCUUAUUACCUUGGGUCAGGGUGAUACAAAUGGUUGCAAUCUGUGGCAUUUGGUGUACUCUUAAUGCAUUUUACUCUUAUAGUUAACAAGACGCAGUGCGCAUUUCCCAACAUUCUGAUGCAGCUGGCUGAGAAUGAUGGUAGUUUUAGUCCAUAGUAAUUGGAGUGCCCUGGCAUGAUUCAUUAUUGCACUCUGCAUGAUAUGGGCUGCAACUUCCAUAAUUCUCAGCCAGGCUAAUGGAGGGAUUUGUCAUUUUGGGUUAGGUUAGGCUUAGGGUAAUGCUGUGUGAGACGAGCAGUUGUUUUUUCACUCCAAAUGCUGUGAUUGAUUGUAGUGGCUUGGUUAGUGUACCCUACCCAGCUGAGCGUGAUGGCAGUUGUAGUGUGCACACCUUUGACAUGUAGUUAAAUCAGUGAGUUCCCCAGAUACUCUCUUUAUCGACAGCUGCAGAACACACUGGACUUAAUCUCCCAUUCAACUACAGUGGAACCUCGGAACUCGAACUUUAUCCAUUCCCGAAGGCAGUUUGAGUCCUGAAGUGUUCGAGAACCAAAUCCACAUUUCCCAUAAGAAUUAAUGUAAAAUUGAUUAAUCCGUUCCAGACCCCCCAAAUUACAGCAUUUUACAUUUAUUUGUAUGCAUUAAGUCUAAUAAUAAGCACCUUACAUUUAUUUGAGUGGUUCCUGCCUUCCAACUUGCAAAAAAUUUACUGUUAGCCAUUAUUACAAUUAUUUAUAAUAAUUUUCUGAUUUGAAAAUGAGACAUGGUUCUUUGUUGUAUAUUUGGGGACCGAAGGUUCGCGUACCCCAGACAUUUUUUACUCAUGGCUCUUUGUUGUAUGUUCGGGUACUGAAGACUGCCAUUUUUAACUCAAAAUUUUUGUUCGACUUCCAAAUUGUUUGAGAACAGGAACGUUUGAGUUCCGAGGUUCUACUGCAUAGUCAGUUUGUCUUUUUCAGCCUGAAUUUGGCAAUUUGGUUUUCAAUUCAUUACAGUUUGGUGUUUCGUGAAUAUUCCCCAACAGAUUAUUCCCUGAACUGGAAUAUGUUGAAUCUACCAGUGAAAUAAACAUUUUUAGCGCACCGCCCCAGCAGCAACAGAGCCCAGAAGAAACCCAGGCAAGAAGGCAAAUUAUUACUUAAUAGUUUAGAGACCCAUUACCAGGGAACAGUGCAAGAGUACUCCUGGCACCAUAACCACAACAGCGGGCUGUAGUGAUUAUGAGCAUUGAAGUGACCCUUUAAGUAAAAAGGGCUCGUGCAAUAAUAAUUCCUAAAAAGUAAGAAACAUUUAUGUUAUCUCUAAUCCAUGAAACGGUCUGCAAUUAAUCAAAAUGUCAGGAGAAAAACCAUACAGACUACCUACAAUUAAUUUAUACCCAGUAUAAGUGCACUUUAUGAGAUUUGUGAGUAUACUAAUGAGGGCUAAAAUCAAUUUUCAAUGCAUGAAACUGAAGAUCUUUAUUGAACAAUGAAAACGACCACUGGGAGAGCAUGUGUUUUAAUGUUGCUUGGCCACAUGCAUGCCUUUACCAAGGUGUGAGAACAAUGGUCAAUUUAAAACCUGUCUCUCCAGCUGCCCCACUCUCCACCCCAUAUAUCGAGUUCAGCGUGAGCCAUAUAAAUACAAAUAUACAUUUUUUUAAAAAUCUAUGUUGCUGGCACUCAGCUGUUCAAACGAUUAGGUUGCAGGUAUCAUGGGCAACCCCUCAAAAGAUAUCCUUACAUUAAUAAUAUUUCAAUUCAAAUGAUACUGAAUGCUUAAUCUUGCAUAAAUUGUCAAAUGAGGAUAUGCAAAAAAGAGUAUGGUAACUGCAGCAAAAUAAUCUAACAUUUGCCUAAACAUAGGGUGAUAUCAAAACAAGUCCUUAUAUGUCAUCAAUUAUAUGAUAUAGCGAGGAUAUUACAGAAUUCACAAAAUGAAACAUAACAUCAGGAAUACAUGCAAUUGGAGUUACAUAGCUCUUUAAUACAGUCGUACGUUGCCCUGAGCAUAAUUAGAAAAGAACAACAAGGUAUCAUUAAACUAAUUAUUGCCACAUAAAGAAAUUUGUCCUAAUAACAUGUAGCUUUUCAUAUCAGAGCAUAUAAUUAUUGGGACUAUCUUUGUUGUGCUCUAAGUGUAGCAUUCUAUUUAAUUAUUAUGUUUUUGCUCAAAUAUUGCAAGUUUCACUAUGCAUAAGUGAAAUACUGUCUUGAUCCGUUCAUAGCGACAUUUAGGUGAGCUGCCCUUAAGAAGUUGGUACAUUUAAAAGUUUGGAUUGCUGGCGAUUUAAAAAAAAUAAAAUAAUUUGUGAAUACACAGAAUUUAUGAUUUUGCCUAUUAUGUUCUUUUCGAUUACGUUUUCAUCCAGGUUAAUUGUUAAUAUGGAGUAAAAACGCGAUUUCGUUUUUUUCCAAUCAGCCUUCUAUUGAAAAAACUAUUUUGUAAGCAACAAAAAAAACUGGGAUUUUUUUUAUAACAAAGGAUUACAGAUAUAGAUUUAUCUUGCUAGGGAAAAUCUCCAUUCAUGUGCAAUAAGUACUUUAAUGAUAACUUGUUAUCCCUUUUUAAUUGUGCUCAAGGGAAUGUAAUACUAUAUAGGGGGUGACUGAAUGACUGAAUUUUGUUUUUAUUCUGUGUUUUUUUUGCUAUUCUCUCUAUCUCACAUAAUUGAAGACACAUAAGGCACUUGUUUUUAUGUCAUCAUAUGUUCAGGCAAACUUUCAAAAAACUUUUUUGCAUUUCCUCUACUUUUACCCUUUGUGUCACUAUACCCCACUCCCUCUAGAAUUAAAGCUCAUUGAGCCGGGCCCUCAACCCCUUUGUUCCUGUACGUCCAGUUGUCUGGUUGCAAUUACAUGUCUGUUAGUCCACCCAUUGUACAGCGCUAAGGAAUCUGAUGGCGCUAUAAAAAUAACAAAAUAAUAAUAAUAAACAAUUUAUGCAAGAUUGGCUCUAUAUAUUUUUUUAUGCUUUUGCAUGUAAUAGUGCCGCUUUAUAUAAUUUUAAAUAUGAACAUAUAUUAUAGUUCAUGUCUGAGUGUAACAUACAGAAUAGUCCAUGUUGCAAUGCAGAGAUGGCUUAUCCAUAGCUGGAAAGGAGAUCAUUAGAUUUCCCUGCUCGGCCCUGCACCCCCUCGCCUAAUCUCCAUCGGGUGCAGAUUACUCCUUCGUGACCUAGAGUGCCACAACCAAUGCUCUGUGUUAAUGACUGAGUGCUGGAACCACAAGGGAGCUUUAAAAUGAUCUGCAACGGAUAGAGGUGCAGACCAUAAGGCUUCCCCACUGAACUACCAUAACCUGGGAACAUUUCCCACACACAUAACACUGGGACUGAUCCACACACAGAACACUCAACCACCAGGGCCGGAUUAACAUAGGGGCUAAUGGAGCUGCAGCUCCAGACCCAGGCCCAUGCAAUAGGCCCACUGAUUUAUAAUAUAUAUAUAUAUAUAUAUAUAUAUAUAUAUAUAUAUAUACAUUUAUUUAAAAAAAAAAAUUUUUCACACACUACUCUUAGGGAUUCCACCUGGCUUUUAUUUUAUUGGCACAGCCAGUAUUUGAGGCUGCCUGGCUACUGCCAAUAUUGCAGUGAUACUGGCAAUACAAAUGCUGGUGUUUUUCUCAGUAUAAACAAGAGAUUACUCUGCAAUACCAGCACUGGCCAGUAGGGGUCGCUGUAUGUGGAGACAGGCAGGGAUAGGAAGUUCCAGCAUAUCCCUUCCUGCCUAUCUAUACUCACUGAUCUGCAGGGGUGCAGCUACAGAGAGUCCAGACAGCAGCUCCCACCCUGCAGAGACAGCCUACAGCUCAGGGAAGUAAGGGAUGGGGGGAAAGGCUGCAAGGAGACAUGGGAACACUGAGACACUAAGGGACACUGGGAGACAUUAUGGCAGACACUGAGACACUAAGGGACAUGGGAGACAUGGCAGACACUGAGACACUAAGGGACAUUGGGAGACAUUAUGGCAGACACUGAGACACUAAGGGACAUUGGGAGACAUUAUGGCAGACACUGAGACACUAAGGGACACUGGGAGACAUUAUGGCAGACACUGAGACACUAAGGGACAAUGGGAGACAUUAUGGCAGACACUGAGACACUAAGGGACAUUGGGAGACAUUAUGGCAGACACUGAGACACUAAGGGACACUGGGAGACAUUAUGGCCGACACUGAGACACUAAGGGACACUGGGAGACAUUAUGGCAGACACUGAGACACUAAGGUACACUGGGAGACAUUAUGGCAGACACUGAGACACUAAGGGGCACUGGGAGAGAUUAUGGCAGACACUGAGACACUAAGGGGCACUGGGAGAGAUUAUGGCAGACACUGAGACACUAUGGGAGACAUUAUGGCAGACACUGUGACACUAAGGGACAUUGAGAGACAUAAUGACACAGACACAUGGGGACACAGUGUCCCCAUGUCUCCCAGCGAGUGUCCCUGGUGUCUCCUGCCCCCUAGUCUCCCAGUGACCCCUAGUCUCACAGUGUCUCACUGUCCCCAUGUCUCCUAGUGCCUCCAUGUCUCCCAGUGCCUCAAGUGUCUCAAUGUCCCCAUGUCUCCAAGCUAGUGUCUGUGGCCCUGGUGUCUCCUUGUCCCCAUGUCUCCCAGUGCCCUCAUGUCUAAAUGUCCCCUAGCCAGUGUCUCUAGUGUCUGUGUCCCUGGUGUCUGUAUCCCCAUGUCUUCAAGUGUCCCUUAUUUUCCCAGUGCGUCCCAGCCAGAGUUCCCUAGUCUCCCAGUAUCACUGGUGUCUCCGUGUCCCUAGGUCUCAACGUGUCACCAGGUCUUCCUGUCUUCCUAGUGACAUGGGGACCCUGGGAUACAUGGGGACACAGGGAGACAUGGGACACUGAUACAUAGGAACACUGAGACCUGGAGUAAUCGACACAUGGGGGCACUGGGAGACAUGGGGCCACUGGGAGGAAUCCAUCUAUACAGCAGAAUCAAACUAAAUAGUUUUUUGUUGAUUUUAAAGCAUUUUCUCUUAUGUCACUCCUUGUGAUUUACAUCAUGUGAUGUCACCCAUACAUAUUUAAUUAUGCAAAUUAGCAAGGCUGGUAUGUUUUUCCAAGAUAGGUGGCAACCCUAACUACUUUUCACAUACUCUUACUUAAGUAUGGAAACUUAAGAGGGAUGUAUGGGAACAAAACUUGUGUGGACUGGCUGACAAUGAAUAUAGUUAAAGGGACACUAUAGUCACCAGAACAACUACAGCUUAUUGAAUUUGUUCUGGUGAGUAGAAUCAUUACCGUCAGGCUUUUUGCUGUAAACACUGUCUUUUGAGAGAAAAUGCAGUCUUUACAUUACAGCCUAGUGAUAACUUCACUGGCCACUCCUUAGAUGGCUGUUAGAGAUCCUUCCUGGGUCAUGGCUGCCUAAAAUGCAUCCAAACAGUCAGUGUCUCCUCCCUCUGCAUGCAGACACUGAACUUUCCUAAUAGAGAUUAAUUGAUUCAAUUCAUCUCUAUGAGGAGAUGCUGAUUGGCCAGGGCUGUGUUUGAAUCAUGCUUGCUCUGCCCCUGAUCUGCUUUUUUGUCAGUCUCAGCCAAUCCUAUGGGGAAGCACUGUGAUUGGAUCAGGCCACCACUUCUAAUGAUGUCAGCAGACUGCUUGUUUUUCUAAGUCUAACAGAAUGCAGAGUUACAGCUUCAGGCUUGAAUACAGUAAGAUUUUGCUAUAUUUAUGGAGGCAUGAGGGGCCCAGGUGGGCUAGAUGGUGGUGUUAACACUAUAGGGUCAUGAAUUCAUGUUUGUGUUCCUGACCCUAUAGUGAUCCUUUAAGGUAAUGCUGACUUUGGUGGCAUGUUCCCUUUCUUCUACACUCACUACGUACAGCUUUUCUCUGUCCCAGACUAUAUACAUAGAGCUUCUGCCUGCUAGUAAGAAGGUAAGGAGACAAGUGGACCAGCGAGUGCUACGGGACAGUCCUUAGAAAGCGUUGAGCGAGCGCAUCAUUAGAUGCAUUUAUGCCAAGCUCAGGGUGCUGUCUGCAUAGUAUGUCCUUAGUUGGCCAGCUGCAUUAUUGGCAGGCAGCCUGACAUGCAUUCAUACCAGGAUGGCCUUCUAAUUCUUUGGGCAGACAUAUCCUCUUUUUGGGCAUGUUCGCCCCUUUUGGCAGGUUGCGUGAUUUGUGUCAGUGGCACACCCAUUGACUUCCUGCUUGACUGGACACUGCUGUUAGGGGUUAUGGAUUUACUUGAAAGAUGAAAACAUAAAUUAGUGAGAGAUUAGCCUGGGGUAUGUGUUUUCUUAUAGCUGCUGUUUUCUUUCUCUCCAGCACCAUCUCCAUCAGAUACAUGACGCUUGGGAGUGUUUUACUGUUUUUGGUCGAUAUGAUUCUGUAAUUAGGCCUGUCAUAAUUGUCAGCACCAGGCCCACUGGGCUCUUAAUCUGGCCCUGUCAACCACUACCUACACUCUCACAGAAAAAAACCCUGGGCUAUAGGAGGGGGCCUUACCUAGAACCCUGGGUAAUUUUAAUCCGACUCUGUUGCAUGCACUGUAUGGGUUACGUGUAAAUAACAGUGUAAUCCCUAAAACUAUGCAUGAUCCAUUUGGUUAGAAUUUACUUUCAUGCUAAUAAGGGAUGUUUAAGGUUUUAGGUAUGAAGAAAAGAAUAUCAUAUUUGCAUAUCUUCAAGUGUUUAUUAUCACACUGACAAUACCACAUAGGAACAUGGCGUGUACCAAAUACACUCUGUUACUCUGUGUAACUCACCGUAAUAGGCAUGUUCAACAACAUACAUACACAGAACAAUCUAUUUUUAUAGUUUUUGAAGGAUCAGCAAUCCUGAAACAAGAACACAUUUCUAGUCCUAUUUAAAUAACUCGCUAACUAGCCAGUUAUGGCCCUUAGUUGUUGUCUUUCAGUGAAUUCAUGUUGUAGGGAUAAAUCUGCUAGAUUGUCUUGUACUCGGUUUUAACCAAACGUACAUCUUUUUAUUUAUCAAAACGAAAUGUAUCAUCAUAAUUAUUUAUUAUUUUUCACUUCUUCUCUCCCAAUUCCCUUCUAAGGAUGAAGUCACAGAUGGUUCAGAUGGUUCUCCAUCUCCUACCCCAAGGCUUCCCGUGUCCAUCAGAUAUCCUGAUGAUGCUCCUCUUCUUUUACCAUCCCCGCCAAGGACAUCAAGCCCUAGAAAAAGGAUGCACGUGAGUACCCAUUGCUCUCUAAGGGCUGGAGAACCAUAAGUCUGAUAACUGAAUAGCUUUUUCUCAUUGGCAUCUAUGGAAAAAUUGCUGCUCAAUUACUAGAUAUAUUUCUAUUUCUUAUAAUACGAUCUAUAUCUCCUGAAUGUGAAGUACCCUGCAAUCAGUUUGCAGGAUCUAAUUCAUAUUCAUUGUGCCCCUAGGCCGUCAAUAAUCAGGCCCUUGGUCCCCAAUGGCUUCUCUCCGACCGUCAAACAGAAAGUCAUGGCGCUCCUCAGUACAUGUCCGUGAGGAUGAGAAUACGGAAUUAACAAGUGCAGGUUUUAAUGGGUGGUUUAAUGGCAAGCCAUAAAAUGAAAAUGGAAAUGAGAAAAGAGUAAUAUUUAUACGGCUGCCUAUUAUCAGGUGAAUAAUGUGUAUGUUCUAAUGGACAUAAGAGCCUGUGUGAAUGUUAGGAUCAAUUAAAGAAUGGUAGAGUUGGCACUACUUCUUAUCUCAUUAAACUCUCCACGUGUUCCACCUCAUAUCGCUAUGGAUCAUUUAAUGCCGGCUCUUCCAGCAUUUAGUUUUGAAAUAGUGAAAAUUCCAUGAAGCAGGAUGAGUGUUCUGGAGUGUGAACAGGUAUAGCGAGAGUUCCAUUUCAUUAAUAUAGAAAAUUUAGAGAUUUGGAAUCUUACAGGAUUAUUAACUAAUGUGAGAAUUCAGGGUUAAUUAAAAGUGAACUUCAUGAUGUCAUGAUUCCCUUUUAUUCCAGAAGUUUGGUCCUUAAGGGGUUAAUGUCAAAAUAGCCAAACAGGAAAAAUUCUUUAAGUCAGCUAUGCUUUACAUUCAGGUAUCCUGUCCUUAACUUUGAAUUCACCUUAAAUUCUCAAAAUAGUGAAUAAUACCCCUGUAUAUGUCACAUAUGUGACAUAAAGGUUCCGUUUAUGCCUUUAACAUUACGUGGAGAUCCAAAUGAGAAAUGGGCUUUUUUGGUCAUAUUUUAACCUAAGCUUAAUUCAGAGGUAGGCAAAUGGUAGAUAACUAGCUGUGAUAAAACUACAACUCCCAUGAUCCCUCAAUGCUGAUUGGGAUAGAACAAGUGGGAGUAGAAGUUUUGGCCACUAGUCUUACGAUACUAAAUAACAGCAUUUAUGUCGUCCCCACUUUGGUGUUGAUGCAAAAUACUAUAAAGUCUUGAAUUAAAUAAAUGCUUGUAAGUGCAAAGAUUAUGUUAAAGGGACAUUUCACUGCCGAAAUACAAAAUAAAUCAAAAGCACUAUUUAGUAGAUAUACCAAAAAUGAAAACAUGAAUGCAUUUCAUUAUGCAUUUUUCAGUUGGUGGUACAUCUGAAAACAGUUUGCAAAACCUGUAGUUCUCUUGUCUGCUGUCUUCGCGAGCCCUCCCCUUUUAGCCCUGCCUACCCUUUCUGUAUCUGUCCAAUCACAGACUUCCCAAUGCAGCUCAAUGAGAAGUCUUUGCAAGGCAGGUGCUCUGAGCUAUUGCUGCCUCUUGAGUUUAGCUCCAUUGAGCGAACCAAACCAGGAAGUAACAGGAUAGGUUGUCUGAUUGAAAGCCAGGUGGAUGUAACUAGGUCAAUUUAUAAAAGUGUCAGUUUCUAUUGAAAUCUGCACUUUUUUUCUAAAUAAAACAAAUAGGAAACACCCUUCUGAUAUAAAGCUUUUCAUAAAACUAAAGUGUUAUAGGGUCUGGCGUGUCCCUUUAAUUACAGAUUUGUAGGGGGCAUAGGUUGAAUUAAUUAAAUUGUGGCACCUGCAGACCUAUUCCACCUAGCUACUGUUUAGAUCUGUGUGGAUGUGUGUGUGUUCAGGAAUAACAUGCACUAUUUGUAUAGUUUGCAAUAACCGUUUAUAAUCAAAGUUCCAUUAGUAGAUGUGUAUGACGUUAACAUAAAAAUAAUUGAGACAGCAGGCGAGGAAUUUCAUGACAGCCGUUUGAGUAGGAUCACAGCAGAAAUAGCAUUGUUGGCAACAGGAUUUAGUUUAACACAUGCAGCACAAGAAUAACAUAGCACUGUCAGUAGAACAAUGACAGAACGAGGAGAGAAAGUCAGUGGGAUCUGAUAUGAUUGUUCUGCUGUUGGUUUGAUGGUGCUAUGGGUGUAACUUGUUACUUCAAAGGAUUUUAUUGUCUUUAAUCUGAAUUCUGAAUUAUUUAGAAUUACGUCUCAGUUUACUGGGAUACUCUGUAUCCGGUUCUUUAUUGCCAUGCUUAUUCUAAGGGAAUAUCAAAACAACUUACCUCCUAUUAUCCUGUGUGUCGGUUAGACUGUUUAUCAAACCUGUUCCUUGGAAGACAAACUCACAGAUACUGACAGCCUGUCUUUCUACUUCUGUACCUCCCAAACUACUUACUUGUAAUUCUAAAGAAUCCCUUUCACGGUCCAUACCAACCCGACAUACAGAUAUAUACCUUCUAUACCUAUUCCUUCUUCACUACUACAUGUUGUUUGUUAUAUAAGUUCAAUUGUUAUAAAAUGCAUGUUGUAUUUGAUUGCCAUGGUUCUGCAAUCUAGGCUUUUGUAAUUUUCUAUCAUUAAACCAGCAUGGUGUCCACGGUUUGUUUCUGAAAUGGUUGUUGCAAAGCUUCCUGCACAUUGAGCCCUACUUGACUGUCCAGAACAAGAUAUAAUGUUGCAUGAAUCCUAUUGGGAACCUCUUGAUACAGCUUGCUUAUGGAAGAUGAAAGACUAAACAUAGGAUACAGAGUCGAGCUCCCAGUCCCAGAAAUACAAAACUCAAGUAACGUGUCAGGGAUCUGGAUUAUUGCACUUAAAGGGACACUAUAGUCACCUGAACAACUUUAGCUUAAUGAAGCAGUUUUGGUGUAUAGAUCAUGCCCCUGCAGCCUCACUGCUCAAUCAUUUAGGAGUUAAAUCACUUUGUUUAUGCAACGCUAGUCACACCUCCCUGCAUGCGACUUACACAGCCUUUUUAAACACUUCCUGUAAAGUGAGAUCUAAUGUUUAAACUUCAUUUAUUGCUUAUGUAUCAUCUCUGCAGUCAAUAGCAUUCUUAAACCUGCAGAAACCUUCUGUGUGUGACUAACGUUAAAUUUAUAGAGCAGGCAAGAGUAAGUUAAAAAAGUAUGAAAAUUGAAUUUUUUUUUAAUGCGACCUUUCUCAUGCCAUAUUAACAUAAAGUGCAGUUUAAAAAUACACUAUUAUUGUGCUUUAGGCUACACCAAUACAGCCAUGUUGUUCAAGUCUUGCGUAUCGUCUGGAUAUUGGGUUGAGGUCACCUACUCUGUGCAGCUAAGCUAAUGGCUUACAGUGUUUGCAGUACAAACCUUGUAUCACUCAGCAUGUGAUGUCAUUUGCGUGAAGAGAUCAAAUCAUGCGUGUGACAUUACGUUGCAUGUAUGAAUGGGCACAUGGUUGAAAAUAAAGUUACAUUUUGUGGUUUUGGUUCAAAAAUAUAAAAUAUCAUUCAAAGUAAACACUACACUGUUGUAUUAUACUUUAAUGAAAUAUUAGCUUUUGUGUAUGUUUUAUGAACCCAUCCGUGUAUCUGUUUAUGUUUCAGGGAAAUUGGUAGAUAGUUCUUUUUAUUCAAACUGCAGACCAGAUAAACUCUAACUAGUGUGUUGUUGGUGAGGAUUGUGUCCAGGAUGUUUAAUUUGAGCCCUAUAAAACUAAAGCUACCCCGUCACGAUUCAGACAAUAUUUACAACAUUUACUAUUUCAGGGGCAUUGACGUAAUCUUAGAACUUUAUACUCCUGCUUUAAAUGUGGAUGGUUCCAAAUAAAUACGUCCCAUGGGACGCGUCUUCUGUCUAUAUCUAUUUCUCCCAAAAGCAUGUGUUGUGUGUUCCUUAUGAUUACAUGGCAUCUUGUAGAUAUCUACAUCAAUUCAUCCUAUUCUAAAAAUACAAAAUUAAGUACUGCAUUGAAAUAUUCAGCUCUCUGCUAGAGAACAGAGAAUGACAAUGCCCCCCAUACAGAAGUCUAUUCACACAACGGUGAGAUUUAAGGUCCAAGCUAGAAGGCUAGCUGCAGAGCCACAUUGAAUAUACCGUCCGGCUGUAACUGAGUUCAUUCUUUCUUCACUUCGUUGUUCAAUGCCUUUUUUGUAGACUUGAAGCUGAACUUACCAUGAACUUAAUUACUUGUGUCACCAGUGCAGGGAUAGAGCUUGUAAUAUGCAGGGCUAGUAACAAGCAGUAUCAGAUCGAUGCUUGCUUGAUACGCACUGAAUCUAUGGUUUAAUGGGCUGCUCCGUCUAAAUUAAUUACUUAUAUCUUUGCCUUUUUCUAUAUCACAUUUACGAUCAGACUCAGAUUCUAUGGGAAAGAAAUUGCAGAUUCGUACGUUUGUUCAGUUUGAUAUGUGUGUGUAUUUGAUAGUAUCGGUCGGUCUAUCUAUCUAUCUAUCUAUCUAUUGAUCAGACAACAUUAAAACCACUGACAGGUGACGUGUGGGGUGUUUCUGGUAUGCAGUGGUUAGUUUUAAAUUUAAGAUAACAUUUUUGAAACCAUGGAUAGUAUGAUGCCUUCCUGUGAGACACAGGAUAGAGAGAGGAGACAGAAUAUAUAGGAUAAAGCAAUAAGGUGCAACACAAAAGGUUAGAAAAAUAAAAAGCAAUAAAUAAAUAUUAAAUCAAAUCUCCCACUACAACUGGUAAGAUGUAAAAAGCCCCCAACCGAAAUCAUUAUUUCUAUGAAAAUAUGGCAGCAGGAUGCACUAUGGGAAGAUGGCAGGCCAGCAGAGUCAGUGUUCAGCUCUGAGCAAUGUUCUGCUGGGAAACCUUGGGUCCUGGCAUUCAUGUGGAUGUUCCUGUGAUAUGUACCACCUACCUAAAGAUUGUUGCAGACAACAUACACCCUUUCAUGGCAAUGGUGUUUCCUGACAGUGAACAUUUCAGGCGUUUCCUGAAGUGGGAUAAUGCACUCUGCCACACUGCAAAAAUUGUUCCGGAAUGAUUUGAGGAACAUGACAAAGAGUUCAAGGUAUUGCUUUGGUCUCCAAAUUCCCCAGAUCUCUAUCCAAUAGAGAAUCUGUGGGAUGUGCUGGAACAACAAAUCCAAUCCAUGGAGGCUCCACCUCGAAACUUGCAGGACAUAAAUGAUCUGCUGCUACUGUCUUGGUGCCAGACCACAGGAUACUUUCAGAUAUCUUGUGGAGUCCACGCCUUGACGCAUCAGAACUCUUUUGGAAGCACAAGGAGGACCUACACAAUAGGUGGUUUUAAUGUUGUGGUUGAUCAGUGUGUUUGUAUGUGUAUGUUGAUAUAUCUAUAUAUGUAUAUAUAUGCAGGUCUUCCAUAUAGGAAGAUGUAAAUAGGGACGGAUUUGCCUGUAUACACAGUAGGCAGCUGCUCACAGGCCCCAGUCACAAAGAUCACCUAUCCUGAAUACAACUUCUUUAUAUAUUUUGAAAUUUGAUAUUAAUUUGGUAUUUGUGGUUUACAACUUCUUUAUAUAUUUUUAAAUUUGGUAUUAAUUUGGUAUUUGUGGUUUUGAUACUUCCUGACUUCUUUGAGUUGCAUUAUCUUGCAACUGUCAUUAGUCUAAUACUAUCCUUACCUUUUGUGUAAAUCUAACCCUGGGUGUGUUAUGAAUGGAAUAGUAGAGGUAUUCGCAUAAUUCCUUGUGUAAAAUAAUGAUGGAGAACAAAUCUCCAUGCAUUCCUCAAUUUCAACUUCCCCCUUUAAACGUCCUUGGUUUGGAUUAAUCAUUUCCCAUCAUUCCCUUUCUAUUCCUUUGCCCUCUUAUCUGGCUAUUAGAGUUCUCUCAUAUGAAGUCUUAUCUUCCCUCAGGUUACAGAGAAACCUCCGACGCAUGGUGAGCCUGUGUAUGGAUCACAUGGACAAUCUAGCUUCCUGUCCCCACACGGGACAGAAACCAUUGUUGUUACCCUGCACUCAGCAACUCAUCUCCCGUCAACUACAGCUGGGUCCGCACCUUGUCCUUUUGUCACUAUGUGAGUAUGAACUCGAAACGUAAAGGAACACUAUAGCAUUAGCAAUACAAAUAUGGGUUAUCAGCCCCCAACUGCAUGGAGAAAAAAGUAGAUUUACUUACCCUUUCUCCCUCGCAGCCAUGUUUUCCGCCGCUCAAGUCGGCCUGCAGGUGUCAAGCAAAAUAAUAAUUAUUAACCCUUACACGACCGCUCAUGGAAUACAACAGAGUUGUCCAUUCUAGUGGCCCUAUCUGGACAAUGAAGGAUCUGUUUUUAAUAGGCCUUUACUGAAUAACAAAAUUUGUUGUUGUUUUUUUAACCCCUUAAGGACACAUGACAUGUGUGACAUGUCAUGAUUCCCCUUUUAUUCCAGAAGUUUGGUCCUUAAGGGGUUAAAAGCAAACGUGUCUUUUGGAUCGUACACACUACAUGUAACAGCUCCCUUUUAAGUGAUUUCACACUGGGAGUAUGUGUAUUACACAUACUGCUGAUAAGCCCUGUGAGAGCAUACAGGAAUUAUCAGCGUUCCAAACACCAUGAGAAUCUGGCAACAACAGUCAGGACGAGGAAGAUGGCCUUGGAUGCUCGAGCUUAUAAAUCUACUACAAUGUAAUAAUCAUUCUCAGUCCUGCAGUCGUGUACUUCAACCCUUUUAAUCUUCCACUAAACCACCUGUGCCAAUUUGUCACCCAGCACCUUUCUCUGCCCUUUUGCCCCACUAUUCUGCCUUUUAUUUCUCUUAUGUUGUCUAUCCUCUCAUCUCCAAUAGUAAUUUUUCAUAUUCAUGCCAUCUUUCUGUCUUUUAUAUUAUUUCAAUUACUUCAUUUUUUUUAUAUAUCCCUUCCCCCUCCUCCUCUCCCCCAUUCACAAGCGAUCUUACUCAAUGUGUCGUCUUUAGAGAGGACCUUAGACCCUUGAGCAUUAAACACUUGUGAUGCAAGGAGCAUGAAAAAAAUCAACAAUAUGGAAAUCAAAUGUGCAGGGGCACUAAUGGGAUUUUACUACUCCUAACCCAUGUCCCAUGGGGGUUGUUUGGCAUUAAUAUUUCAUUGACCCAAGUUCACCAAUGACAGGUCACGUGCCAUGGACCACCAUGGCUGCCCUACCCCCUCUCUUGGCUCUCUUGUCCAUCACAGCCUGUCAUUGAUUGAUGGUGGGUGGGUCAGAAAUAAUGAGUUUAAGGAAUCUGUUGCAAGCACUAUUGUGCUUCAAAUCACUAUAGUGUUAUUCUCUUAACUCAUUACAUUCCAGAAAAUGUAAGUACAUUGAACCCCAGUUUAGCACGGGCCUAUAGUCUAUAUUGUAGCCAAGAAGUGACCCUCAACUCUGCAAGCCAUAGGAUCCAUUCACUCUGUAUAGCACGUCCGUAUCAUGCAAUUUGUCUUAUUGUUUUAUUGGAGAUGUUUAAACCAAUAUGUGUUACAGGAUGAGCAGCUCAAAUGACAGGAAUGGAGUAAAGGCCCAGAGCAUUUCGCAUACAACCCAGGUCCCAACUCAUGACCCAACGUGGGGGGAGACACUAACCAUGACUGUGAGCGAGGAAGAGGCAGAGCAAGAAGGUAAAUAAGGAGUUUAGCUCAGCUAGAAUCUUACUUAUAUACCUGUCCAUUCUAUGCCUGGCCUUCCUGUUCUGUACAGAUUCACAUCUACACAAAUCAGUAAUGUUUUCAUAAUUUAAAAUCAAUAUUGUAACGGAUCCCCUAUGCUCCGACUGAGUAUAUCUGCUAUAGUUCUCCCAGAUCCCAAGUGAAGCAGUGAUUAAAGCUCUGAGCUACCCAAACAUCAGCCUAGACUUGAUGAAGGGUACAACAGGAAUAAUUUAUUCUUGCCAGAUGGCCUGCUUUUAUACACAUCAGGGAUACAGUCAAACACACCCAUAACACUCCCACAACACGCCCAUGGAUUUCUUAGUCGGUCAAGCUUCUGUGGCCGCAAAACGGGGUGCUCCGGCUGGCUCGUUUGUUCCCCUUAUCCUCAGGCACCUUCCCUCCAAAAAGUGCUCUCCUGGCAUAUUUCAAAGUGGUUCAAAACAGCGAACCAAGUUGCCCGGGAACCGUACGGUCACCUCAUCACAACCAUGCAUUUUUAUUGUGAUAAAAAAUAAUAACGUGUAACUUUACAGGUAAAAUUUAUAAUUUUUCUACAUAUAUACAUACUGGCAGCUAGUAUACAAAGGUUGCCAAUAAUAGCUUAUUUUUGUAUAUAUAUUUUAUGUGUUUAAUAUAUCUCCGUGUAGCAUAGACAUGCACAAAUGUUGGGCCAGCUGUACACCCUAUUGCUGGGUCAAUGUGUAAAAAACAACACAAAAGAAAAACGUAUUUGUGUAUAACCUUUGUGCCACAACACUGAUCAUUACGGGUAAUUCAUAGAAUACACAGUGAUUACUUACUGUAUCUGAUCAGUCCUUAGUUACACUUCCGAUAUUUGUCCCAUAGUUCCGUAUUAAAUCAUCAUCCAAAUUCACAAAUAGACCGCCCCGUCAGAAAGCCAAACAAUUCCAUCGAGGUGGAUUCUCCAAAGUACUUUGUUUAUUUGUGCAGUGUGCAACAUGGUACAAAAGACAAAAUAAACAGACCUCAUACGUGACAUGGGAUCCAGAUAUACUACAAAAAAAAAGUUAUACAAUUCAAAAUCCCAGAUCCCUGAGCCUGUAAGAAUGGAUAAGGUGAUGAAGAAUAGGUAUACAACCUAGAGCAUUAUGGCAUAAUUUGCAAACAAAAUGAAUUUGCAAUAAACAUUCAAUUAGCAAUUAUGCCAGUUGUUUAUACACGACUGAGGGGUAUGGUUAUAUAGCCUUGCAGUCUUGUGCACAUAAGUGCCGGUGUGUGUAUUUCUGAGUUUACCUGGCAUUGUCUACCUGUGUGUGACAAGGUUUGAGGUGAGUGUUGCACAGUUGGAGGACAGGAUUGUAAGGGUUUAUGUGGUAGGGUGAGUGAGGCAGGGUGAAGGGGGUGAGUGGGACAGACUGUUAGAGGAUGAGUGUGACAGGGUUGGCGGGUGCAGGGCCAUCUUUAAUAUUGAUUGGGCCCUGGUCAAGCAUUUGAUGGGACCCCCUGGCCCCCACUCUGUGACAUGCAAUCAUGCUCUCCACUUCGCAACGCAGUAGCGGAACCAUUUCCCCAUGCUUGCAGAGUUGUAUUUAGCACUGAGCUGUGUUUGUGGGUUUGAAUGGAAGCAUGUUUUUGUAUGGAGUAUGUUUGUGUAAAUGUAGGGGUGUGUUUGUAUGCGGUGUUGGUGUUUGAAUGCAAGCAUGCAUCUAUGUGUAGUUUCUUUUUUUAAUGCUGGGGUGGGUUUAUGUAUAUUUUUGGUGUUUAACACAAAGGUGUGUUUGCAUUGUUGAUUUUUCUAUGCAGGACUGUUUUUUUAUGUAGUGUUGAAGGUUGAAUGCAGGGGUGUACUUGUGUGUAGUGUUGACUAUUUGAAUGAUGAGAUGUAUGCACAUGUACACAUACACUGCCACACACACACUGCGAUACACAUACACACAGAUACACACACACACACACACACACACACACACACACACACUGAGACACAUGCAGAUACAGACACACAGAUACACAACCUGACACACAUACAAAGACAUAUAUACAAACACUGACACAUAUGGAUACUCAGACCAGGGCUGGACUGGGGAUUCCAAAGCAGCCCUGGAAAAAAAAUCAAUGCCAGCCCCAUAAGUCAUUGCGCCAUAUAUUGUCACAUGUAAUAUGUAAGGCUAUGUCUUGCCACCCUAGAUGAUUGAUAUAUAUAUAUAUAUAUAUAUAUAUAUAUAUUGCUUUUUCCAAUAUAAAAUAUUGGUCCUUUCAGAGUAAAAUUUUUAAUUAUACAGUAAGCAUACUCACAUGCAGACACAGACAAUCUCACUGACACAAGCUGAUUGAUACACGGCCUCAUAGACAAACAAUCUCACUGAUAUACAUAAAGUUAAUGACAUAAAAACACAAGCCCACUCACUAGCAGGCGCGCACACACACACACAGCUUAAUGAAGUGGCUCUGGUGUCUAUAGCCUGUCCAUGCAGGCUUUUCAAUGUAAACAGAGACUUUUUAGAGAAAAGGCAGUGUUUAGAUUGCUUCCUAGUGACAGACACUCAGACGGUCACUAAAGGUGAUUCCUGUGUCAGUGCGGAUUGGCUGAGAUCAUCAAGCUUGAUUAGCUGAGCCGUAGAGACCGGGCCAGUCGAGGGGAGACCAGCACGACGUGGGGGGAAAAAAAGGUGAGUAAAAACAUACAUACACACACACAUACCAUGACAGACACACACCAUGACACAGACAGACCGUGACACAGACACACACACCAUGACACACACAGAAACACACACCGUGACACAGACAGAAACACACACACACACCGUGACACAGACAGAAACAGAAACACCAUGACAGACAGACAAACCAUGACACAGACAGACACACACACACCAUGACAGAGACACACACAUACCAUGACAGACAGAUACACACCAUGACAGACACACACCUUAAAAAAGACACACACACCUUGACACACACACACACCGUGACACAGACACACACACACGACACCGACAGACACACACCAUGACACACAGACACACACACCACGACACAGAGAGACCGUGACACAGACAGACACACAUUACAUGACACAGACAGACACACACCAUGACAUACAGACACACACACACCAUAACAAACACACACACACCAUGACAAACACACACACACACACCAUGACACAGACAGACCGUGACACAGACAGACACACAUUACAUGACACACACACACACACCAUGACACAGACACACAUUGCAUGACACAGACAGACCGUGACACAGACAGACACACAUUACAUGCCACACACACACCAUGACACAGACACACAUUGCAUGACACAGACAGACGCACACCCCAUGACACAAACAGACACACACAAUGACACAGACAGACACACACACCAUGACACAGAGACACACACACCAUGACACAGACAGAGACACACACGCACAUACACUCACACUGACACACAAUUUCUACCUGUGGGGAAGCUCCUUUGGUGGCCGCAGGGGGAGCUGGCUGUUCUGGCGGCCGCAGGGGGAGCUGGCUAUUCUGUCUCUGCUCCCCCUCCCCAGCGCGCUGCUUAAUGAGACCGGGGCUGGAAUAUGACGUCACAUUCCGGCCCCGGUCUCUUUGUAGUGCGCUGGGGAGGGGGAGCAGAGACAGAACAGCCAGCUCCCCCUGCGGCCGCCUAAAGAGCUCUCUUUGCGGCCCUAGGUGAGCCAGCUGCCUGCCCAGCCCCAGGUGCCGACGGCCCACCGGGAAAUUUCCCGGUAUCCCGGUGGGCCAGUCCGGCCCUGACUCAGACACACUGAUGCAUAUACUGACACACGUGCAGAUACACAAAUAAACACACUGACUAUAUACAGAUGCACACACAAAUACACAUGCAGGUACACACACUGACAACAUACAGAUACACAAAUACAUACAUUGAUAACAUUCAGAUACACACACUGACACACAUACAGACACGCAGAUUCACAACCUGACACACAUACAGAUACACACAGACCACAUAGAGAAACAUAGAUAUACUAAAUACAGAUACACAGAUAUACAUACUGACAGACAUACUGACAUAGUGACACACACUGACAGACAUACUGAUACACACACAGACACCCUGACAGACAUACUCACACACAUACUAAGACACAGACAUACUGACACACACACAUACAUACUGACACACAUGCAAAGUUUAAAUUUUUACACACUGACAGACAAACUGACAUGCACAGACAGACAUACUGACACACACACAGACAUACUGACACACACACAGACACCCUGACAGACACAGACACCCUGACAGACAAACUGCCACACUGACAGACAUACAUACACACACAGAAAUACUGACACACAGACAGUGACACACGCACACAUACGCCCUGACAGAUGUACUGACACACACAGAGACAUACUGACACACACACAGACACCCUGACAGACAUACUGACACACACAGACAGACAUACUGACACACACACAAACACCCUGACAGACAUACUGACACACACAGACAGACAUAUUGACACACACAGACACCCUGACAGACAUACUGACACACACAGACAGACAUACUGACACACACAGACACCCUGACAGACAUACUGACACACACAGACAUACUGACACACACACACACAGACAUAUACACAGAAAUAGUGACACACACACACACAGACACCCUGACAGACAUACUCACACACAUACUGAAUUACACAAAUACUGACACACACACACACAUAUAUAAUAACACACAUGCAAAGUUUACAUUUAUAAAGCCACCCUCCAUCCCUACCUUAUGGAUUCAGGAGGGUGGUUCCCUGGGGUCCAGUGUCAUGCUGAGGUAGCUGGGAGUGUGAGGCUCUGACAGCUCCCUCCUGACGGCCUUUUCCUCCAUCCCGCGUGGCUUCACUCUAUCUGGGAGGAAGUGACUGCCGUGACAGGGGGUCAUAAAUUCCUUUACAAUAAACUCCCUGGUGAUCCGGUGGCCAGGCUGUAUCCAUGGUGGUCCGGUGGCCAGGCUGUAUCCCUGGUGGUCUGGUGGGCUCCCUAUCCAGUCUGCAGCUCCGCUGGGUACAGAGCUGAAUCUCCAGUUAGAGCGUUGCCGUGGUAAUCCGCGGCAAUGCUCUGAUUGACUGAGAUCGCAAGACAACUCAGUCUGCAGCUCUGCACCCGGCAGAGCUGCAGACUGGAGGUUGGCUCUCUUCCCAGGCAGGCAGUGUGGAGGGGGCUCACACCCAGCGGGAUAAAGGGCAAGCCGCCAGGACCCCUACUGUGUCACCCUGCCCUAAGGCAAUUUAGGGCAGCGCAAGGUCUUAGGUGGCCGCCUAAAUUGCCUAAUUAGAGAGCCACCUCUGAUUAGCCAAAACAUUAUACAGAGGCAGCACUUCUGGAAUCCUAUAGGAGUCAAUCCAAAAUACUAACAUAUACCCAUAAAGCUCUUAACAGCUCUAGCCCCUGUUACAUUUCUUUACUAAUUCAUAGGUAUUCCCCUUCUUGGUCUCUCCUCUCUGCCGGUGACCUUCUCCUGUCCUUACUGCUAACUCACGGUUGCAGUACAUCUCUCUGGUGGCUCUUUUCCUUUGGAACAGUCUGUCUCUUCCCCCUACCCUCCCCUCCCCCCCCGUUAGACUCUCCCCUAGUCUUCAAUCAUUUAAGAAGUCCCUCAAAACCAAUCUUUUCAGAAAAGCUUAUGGCUCCAAGAGUAACUUCUAUCUCACAAACCUGUCAACUCAACGGUCACAUUCCAGUUCUGCUACAUACCCACCUUGUUGUUUGGCUGCUAUCCCCCUCAGAAUAAUAAUAUUAAUGAAAAUUUGUUUUGCCACAUGUAUAUUCUGUGUUUUUCUCUAUUAGAACUGUUGCUGACUGUGGCUGAUUCUCCCUCUUUGGAUGCACUGCUUUCAUAUCGUCUGCCUCUUAGAGUCCUGCGUCCCUUCCACACCUAUCAUCUCAGCAUGGUGCAGGUAUGACAAAGGGGGCAAGAAACAGGGGUUUAAAAUUUCUCACAACUGUCAAAGUGACUGGUCCCACCGUUUCAAACUAUCAGUCAGAAAAUUAGCACUUGAAGUUGGGCAAUUUUACCUUCAACUGGGUGCUCAGUCUAAAAGCCCCUCACAGAGAGCAUAAUGGACAAGAACUCCAAGGAGUCAGGCACAAAUUGUCCCCAAGAUAUCAGAGACUUACAUUUACGGCCCACUAAGAAGUAGACUUGUGCAUUUGGUUUCUAACAAAGUUGGAUGUGUCCGAAUUUUGGGUGAUCGAUAGGUUGUCCGAAUUCUGUGAUUCCAAAGCGCCAUAUGGACAUAUCACGAACCGGACAAUGGAUUAGUGUAUUUACUUGUAAAGUCAUAUGGAGUUCUGUCCUUGGCAACUUAAAAAGGGAUUAUUAAUGGAAAAAUAGAUGAUUGAUGGUUAAGGAACAGCCACUGUUAAUUUUAUUCACAGAUCAAAUGAGAAGUCACCAAUAGAGAAAAAAACAGGAGGAGGAGUUAAAAAUAAUUAUCUCUAUAUACACAUUAUAUAUUUGUUUUUUCCCUUGGCUACUUUUUCUCACUUGAUAAUGAGUGAAUUCUGUACAUAUUGAGCAGUACACUGAUCAGCCCAUAUUUGUGCCCUUUUUGCUUUUCUGAAUAUUUUUUCUAAAUCACGUAGGCUGAAGCGCCCUGUGGAUACAUUUUAGACUACCCAAAUUAUUUUUUCUUUAUGUACCAUUGAGUUGGCUGAAACUAAUUUUUCUGCUGUGCACAAGUCUGCUAAGAUGCAAGCUACUCAUGAGCCAGAUUCAUGUGUAGAAGCCACUAAAGAGGAUAGUAGAAGAAUACAAAAUGUGUGGAUCAGAGGGAUAUCGCAUGGCAAAGGUCCCAUGACGUUUUGUCAGGAGACAGUUCUCUCACUUACUCCCACCAAAAACAGCCAAAGCAGUCAACUUUCUGAGCAGACUAGCACAAACAGUACUCCUGUGAUCCUAUUCCAUACCCACUGAGUUCAUUUAUGUAGACUGCAUAAUAGUCACUGAAGGGGGCAUUACCUAUCAGAUAGCCAAGCCCACUGAGACUAUUAGUUUUCCGGGUUGGCCCAAUGUUUUGGAUGAGUUCUGCUUGAGUAUUUUUCUCGGCUGGCCCAACGUAUUGGAUGAAUUCUGCUUGAGUAUUGACACACAUGUUUGUAAUACUAUUACAUUCUUAUUUCUUAUUAUAGUUUACAGUGACACUUACCCUCUACACAGAGUUAGAUAAGCAUUUCUCUUAAAAUGACUCAGUAGAUCUUGAUAUUCACAAGUCUGUGAUUUUAAUUGAUUCAGUGCGAUGUUUUUUAAAAAUUUUCAUUGAGAUUUUCAGUAAUGUCAGCAAUAUAUCCUUAAGUCAAGGAUAGUUAGGUUGUAGCUCUAAUGAUUAUGGAAACUUCUCUUACGCAUAGCACAGUUUAUUCACCUUAAAGUGGGCAGAUCUGAUAUACCGGUACUUUCAGUAUUGUCUAUAUAUUAAUCUAAAACAGGACUGCCCAACAGGUAGAUCCCCAGAUGUUGUGGAACUACAAAUCGCCACAAUGCUUUGCAUGCCUUUGGAAUGCAUUUAGAAUGACAAAGCAACAUGGGCGUUGUAGUUCUAUAACAUCUGGGGAUCUACCUGUUGGGCAGCCCUGGUCUAAAAGAUGCAGUCUUUGUUUUUUGCACUAUAUGUAAUGUGAUUAAACUGCACAAUAUGAAAAAGACAAUUAUAGUUUCAGUGCAACACUUGCUAAGACAUUUGGAAUCUUGGGAGUUGGAGAAGAGGACCCAAGACCUUCUCCUAUUUUACCGUCUUUAUUCUUUAUUUUAUUUCUCUGUUUCCGCUAAUUCUUGUUUGUUUACUUUUGUAAAAAAUCACAAAAUUCUAUACUAAAAAAGCAUUCUCACUGUAGCUCACAUACCGUUACAAUGCAUUCAUGCUUUACCUCUAAAUCCAGUCACAGUAAAUCCUAUGACAACCAAAAGACACCAACAUCUCACUCUGCCAAACAGAUAACAAUUGUUAAAUAAACAACCACGAAUAAAUAAAUACACCUAUACAAACUCAAGAUAUGGCUCAGUGAAUUCAAAUGCCCAGACAGUUGGUAAAACUAUCAACAAACAAACUGAUUAUUCGUUAAGUUUGGGCACACGUGAAAAAACGUGAAAAUAAAUACUUAUCGCAGCCUCAAAUCAAUGUUUCCCUUUUUUUAUUUGUGACCAAUAUUGUCUCCAUAGCCCCGCUCACUCUCUCUCCUGCCACUUCUGGGUGGCAUCUUAUCCAUCAAUCCCUCCUUCUCUCUGACGUGCGGUUAUAUCUCUUGUGUGUCUUUUCCCGUUACUCGUGUAUUGUAAGCUCGUUUGAGCAGGGCCUUCCUCACCUCUUGUCUUUAUUACAUUCUGUGUGCAAAUUACUUGUUGUCAAGUAUCCCCAUUUUAUAAUUAUAAAGCACUACGGAAUAUGUUGGCGCUAUAUAAAUGCAAUUAAUAAUAAUCCUAAAUACUACAUUUUAAUACUUACCACAUUGACUUCCCCAUUAACAAAAAAGCAACAGCCUGUGUGACAGCUAGUGAAUUCAUGAAUUCUUUGCCUCCUGUUUGUAUCAGUCUCCUGAUCAGGUUCCAGGAGGAAGCUGGCUUAAUGUCACCAUUCAACGAAAGAGCAGUGUCCUUAAGCAGCAGGAUGGUUUUACGUACAGUGCCUUGCAGGUCAGUAGGGGGUAGGUGGACAUUAGAUGAUAAUGUGUCCCCACACUUCUCUCACUAGCUACUCUGGUUUCUCCAAUAGGUCUUGUUAGUGGGUGUGGAGACUCCUCUGGUUGGAUCGGCACAUCCAGUCGUUGCUGUGGCACGGAUUGUACCCAACUAUCUAGACUACAGGUACCCAAUCUAUAUUAGUUAGAUACUGUGUAUUUAUGUUUACCAUUUAUAGGGUUCUACCGACUCAGCAUAUACAGAACAACAUAGAAAACAAUUUUAUAGAAGGUAUAAGGUAAUAAUAAUAAUAUGAAAAAUAAUCAGAGAACUCCAACCAUUUGAUAAGGAAUAUUGCUAAAUUUAUAGCAGUGACACAAAUAUUUAAUAUGUUACUUAAAUUAUCACAUGCAAAAAUAUCACAAUAACAUAAUAACAGGUGACUAAUCUUAUUGUGAAUAAUAAGCUCACCAACUAUAACUCAUAACUAUAACUAUAACUCAUUUUUUUUCCAUUUGUUUUUCUUUUUUAAAACUCCACUGUUCUGGUCCUGACCAUUACUUACCUGCAUCAGAUAUUAUUUUUCUGCAGCACUGAUGCUUCCUAUUUUUAAGUGCAAAUCUCUUGAAUUUAUCGAUACAUUAGUGAAGCUCUUGUCUAUGUGUAUUUGUAAGUUUGAAUUAUUUAUUUAUCCCACUUUUUUUUUUUAACCUAUGUUUGCAUAACAAUUUUGCUUAUAUCCAACAGCAAGUGCCUGAAGCCUCCUGGUGCACGUGGGGUGCCACACACAACCCUCAAUUUUCCUGAUCCUGCCCUUUCCAGUUUUGAGAUACCACAGACUGCCUCUGAGGGUCAGCCACAGGUGACACAAACACAAUCCUUCUCUAUAAUACAUGACAUAUGCUUUUACUUUACAUAUAUUUACUUAAAUUAUCUUGCCUUUUGUUUUCACCAUUAUUUUCUCCCUCUCCCCUUUCCAAUCACUCACAUUCUUUUCCUAUAGAUACGCAAUACUUAAUUCAUAUACCCACUCUCUCCAUCUUGUUUUCUUUUCAUUCGCUCACACUAUGUCUUAUUUCUAAUGUUUACCCACACACUGUCUAUGUGCCAUUUUUCUUUCUCUUUUCUUUUUACGGAAGCGUCAAUGGAUAAUUCUUUGCCUACUCUCAUCCAUUCCUUCACUGUAUCUACUUCAUUCACCUAGCCAUUCCUUUUUCUAUUUUGCAUUAAAUCAUUAUUCUCGGGCCUUUCUACUACACUUUUCUUCCUUUAUCCUAAUUUGCUCAAUUUUUUUUGUUUUGUCUUAUUUUUUAAUCCUGAAGGUCUCCGGUCUUGGACUUCCAAAUUCUCAGCCUAUUUGGAAUUCCUCCUACUUGUUUCAGGGGCGAGAUGGAGUUACCCUUUUUAGUGAAGGGGCAGCAUUGGUCCUGGAGUAUUACACAGUCACAAAUGGUAACUUCUGGUGUUUUUCUAUUUGGUCUUUCAACGUAGGCUCUUCAUGAAUAUUUUACGAUACAUUACCUCUCGGUCAGCGGUUCCUAACUCAUAGUGCAGUUUCUAAAGACAUCCCUGUUUCAGCACAGUUGGAUUCACCAAUUAUUCAGUCAUUUUGGUUGGCUGGCUAAUGCUCAAGAAGCAAUAUAUUUCAUCAUGCAGCUCCCUCUGGCAUGCAAAUGGCAAAUAAUCUAACAUCUCAUAGAGAUCAAAGGAAAAUACACUGACCAGCUUGAGGGGUUGUUUUGGGAUUUCGGCAAUAAUCAAUAGAACUUUUAGAAGUACCAUGCUUUGUAAUUUGUGAGAUUUUUUAAAUUUAUUUUUUAGCAUGUAGACCUUUAACCCAGAAUUGUUUGUUUACAUGUAAAACAAAUAUUUAUAAUUUUGGCAUUGAUUUAAUAUUUUUUGAUAAGCUUUUCAAAUUAUAAAUUUUUUUUUUUCAAAAUAUACAAAUAUAUAAAAAAGAACUGGUCUAAAAAUAUAAUGCAAAAUAUCGACAUAUUAAAAUAUUUUUCAAAAUAUUGAAUAGUUCAAAACUGUUUAUCCAAUAAUAUUAAAUAAUUUGAAUAGCUUAUGCGUUCUCUGAACAUUUCCACAGUUGACAUAUUACACACACUGGAUCUAUGAUAAGAAGUGCUUGCCAGUGUUUGUUAUAUGAUGGCAAGGACUUGUAGACAUCAGAAAUGCUGUUUUGCAAUACUCCAUCCUAAAAUGUACUAAAGGGAACACUUUCACAAUGAUAUUGUCAACAAAAUGCAUUAAAGCUAUGAUGCAAACAGCACAGCAUACAGUAAACAAAAUCCCUGAAUUCGAAUAGAUGCCGCAUUCUGUUUAAAACCUACGCUGACAUUUUGACUUGUUUCUUUGUAUAAUUUGUUUCUUCAGUUUCUAGACACGUCCCCUGGAACCUGUCGGAAUAUUGUGGGUUCUCUGUUGUCCCCUUAGACAUGGACGUCUACCAUGAACUGAUGUCCGACAGUAACAGCAAAGGAAAGACAUUUACUGGGGUAACCAUACAGGUAAGUUUAAAGGUGGUAGGUUGGCUUUGAAACUGGGUGAUUGGAAUGUUGGACCAGUAAGCUAUGUUAAUGUAUUACUCCUUGUAAAUUCUGUUUCAACAGGAUUCGGGUCUUAAAACCGCUUCUGGAGAACUACCAUCUGUGCUUCUAAAACUGCUACUUCUGAGAAUGGAGGUGAGAUCUCCCCUGAGCACUUUACACUUAACCUUCUUCACUUCCAUCCUGCUGUUUCCAUUUUAUUUCUCUGAUGAGUGGUACCCGUUGGUUGCCAUGGUAGCAGCAAUGUGUAUGUAUAUAUUCCAUAUCUAG